CCACCUCAGCCCCGCCCCUUCCACCGCCUACCUCCGCGGCUCCCGGAGCUUCAGCAGCAAGCGGUAUCGUCUCCAUGGCGACACUCUUUGCACCGAAAGCCGACGGAAACGCCAGCUAAACGCCUGGCCUUCGCUAAGUGCCUUUCAGAUGAUCCAUGUGAGAAGGCCACAAGCGGGUAAGAGGGGCCGCGGCGACUGCGGGUCUCCCUCUCCCCAUCCCUGCGUGCAGCCGGACUCAUCUCUCACCUCAGACCACCCAGGCCCAACGCCUGAACCCGGAGACAUCUCUGGACCCUCCAGAUUUGGCCCUAAGUUUUGUUUUCCAGAAAUCCCUAGAAAUUAUCUAGAAAAGACAGAUGUUGUAAAGGCACAAAACUAUUUUCAGAAUGGCAAACUGCUAGUGUUUGAUCCAAAGGAAAAAGUGGUGAUUAAACCAAAUGAAACCAUGUCAGAGAAGGAAGUCUCUUCAAAAAAUAUUGAAAAUAAGGUCUCUUUAAAGAAUACUGAAAAUAGAGUGUCUUCAAAGUGUAUUGAAAAUAAAGAUACAGAAACAAAUCUACAAUCUAAGCUAUGGUCAUCUUCCUUCUUAAAAGAAAGCACAGGUGAAGUGGGAAAAGAUGAAGUCAUUGCAAAGCAUGAGAAAAAUAAUGAAUAUUGCCUUCGGGAUAUAGAUGAUAAAUUGUCUGAAUCAACAGAUGAUGAUGGUGAAGAUGACAUAAGUGAUGAAGAUAAUGAAGACAGUAACCCAAAUAGUGAUACUCAUGCCCCAUUAGAAUUAAUGGCAGAAUUCCUAAGAGCAGAAAUGUGCCAAGACUACCAUUUGGCUAAAAAAUUAUGUCAGAUGAUCCUAAUUUAUGAACCAGAAAAUCCUGAGGCCAAGGAGUUUUUGUCACUUAUUGAAGAAAUGUUGCUGAUGGAGAAAUCUCCAAAUCUUGAGGAAGAUGAUAAAGAUAGUGAAGAAGACAGUAGCGGUGAGAGUGAAGGAGAAAGCAGCGAGGAGCUAAGUGAAGGAAGCUCGGACGAAUGUGAAGACGGGUGAUGAAAGAUGCUGCUGUGGUCUCAUCUUCACAUAUUUCUAUUACUGUGUAACUUGGAAAUAUAAAGAACAGAGCUGCAUUUCAGUCUAAUUCUUCUUCAUUUGGUCUAGAGUUGUUUUAACUCAUCCAUAUUAGUUUGAACGCCUUCCUAAUAUUUAGGUCUUAGCUCAACGUGAGUUUCUCAGAAAGGAAAA